CAGCCACGAAGGUCUUUGCUCUUUGGAAAGACAUGGGAAAUGGCUACCACUUACGCGUAGACGAACUGUCAAAACUCCCAUUUAAUUUGAGAAACUCAUACUAGUCAACCACUUGAACACUUCAAACCGUUAAUCCCCGUUAUUCUCCCUUCAACCCCGUCCUCUCUGUCGUCAACCGUCGUCUUCCCCUCCCCCUCUCCUCCUCCAUUUCACUCUUCCAUUUCAACUUCACCAACGACAACAGACCCAUUUCUUUAAAUGCAAUUAAUUAAGAAGCUUCCUACUUUUUCUCCAUUUUUUAAUUCCAAUUUGAUUUUGACAACCUCUUCUCAUUCCCAUUGGAGAUUCCACAUUUCCCAGAAAAAAAAAGAAAAAAACAAAGAAAAGUCUUGUCAAAAUCUCUGGUAUUUUAUAUAUUCCGUCACUAAUUAAACCAUAUUUAGUGAAGUGAUUCAUCUAUCUCUCUGUUCUGUUCAUAAUGGCUUGGUUGAAGAAUUUUCUGUCUGUCUUUACUUUCCGCAGUUCCUCAAGGAGAUUUCGGGAAUUAGAUCCUGCUGCACAUACAAUAAAAUCCCAUGGAGCCAAAGUUGCUAAGAAUCAUUUACACGACUGGUUGAUUCUUCUACUUCUCGUUGUGAUUGAAGUGGUUUUAGUGUCAAUUCAUCCAUUUUAUCGCUAUGUGGGAAAAGAUACGAUGACGGAUCUUAAGUUUCCCUUCAAAGAUAAUACAGUUCCUGUUUGGUCUGUCCCUUUAUAUGCUGUUAUAUUGCCAAUUUUGAUAUUCUUGAUCGUCUACAUACGGCGGAGGGACGUUUAUGAUUUGCACCAUGCCAUUUUAGGUCUUUUAUUUUCUGUGUUGAUCACUGCUAUUAUCACCGAUGCUAUUAAAAACGGCGUUGGUCGCCCUCGGCCGAAUUUCUUUUGGCGUUGUUUUCCCAACGGAAUAGAGGCAUACGAUCGAACGGGAGAUGUGAUAUGUAACGGGAAAGAGAGCGAAAUAAGGGAAGGACACAAGAGUUUUCCAAGUGGGCAUACUUCAUGGUCAUUUGCAGGGUUAGGAUUUCUUUCCUUUUAUCUAUCUGGAAAAAUGCAAGCAUUUGAUGGGAAAGGACAUGUUGCAAAGUUAUGCCCUGUGCUUCUUCCUUUGCUUGGUGCUGCACUUGUGGGAGUUUCUAGAGUCAAUGAUUAUUGGCACCAUUGGCAAGAUGUUUUUGCUGGAGCUAUUAUAGGAUUGGUGGUUUCGGCCUUCUGCUACCUUCAAUUCUUCCCUCCUCCCAAUAAUGACAACGGAUGGGGUCCAUAUGCUUACUUCAUAGCACAAGAAGAGUUCCAUAGAAGCAGAGACAAUGCAACUCAAGCUGUGACCAUUGUUGAUGUGCCAAUUGCAGAACCAACACUAAAUGGCAGCAACAGCAACAACAACAAUAAUAAUACACAUUUUGAGCCAACACCUUUCCAUAACCAAACCUAUGACCAAAUGGAAACGGGGGAAAGACGGUAGUUCUGCUUCUUUGAUUAUUUAUUUAUUUAUUUUGUUGCUGUGAAUAUAUAUUAUGGCAGUAGAAGUGAUUGAUGUUUAUGUUCAUUAGAAACUUUUCAGUUUGUAUUGUACCUUUUGGUUUCCUUUUUAUAUAGACUUAUUGUGAAGAGUACGAUAAUAAUCGAACUUUCAAUCUCUAGAUAAAGAUUUCAUCUUUUGUUUUUGUUA